CAAGGCAGAGUGCGGGGUCCAAUGGCCGCUGCAUGUGAUGACCCCCUCCUGGGCGAUGGCCCGUCCGAUGAGUGCGACGUCCUCCUGGAUGAUUCGGACUCAGACAGUUUGCUUUCCGAUGACUCGGUGCUUCCCGACUAUGAAAUGGAGGAAGAUCUCAGAGAGCCGGCCAAAACACUGUACGAGGCCUGUACCAGGAACAACCCCGACUCCCUGGGCAGCAUUCUGGAGAGAGGGGUCACUAAAGAAGAGGCCAAUGAGAUGGACAUCAACGGCAGGAAUGGACUGAUGUUCGCUGUGGCAAAGGGAUUCGUCGAUAUUGUCACCAUGCUGCAUGCAUGUCCGUUAAUAGACAUCAACCAGCAAGAUAAUGAUGGAAAUACUGCCCUCAUGAUUUCUGCCCAGGCAGGCUUCAUCACCAUUCUGAACUAUAUCCUUAACUUCUACUCUUGCGUGGACACUGAGGUCAGGGAUCCCCGUGGCUUCACUGCCCUCCUCAAGGCAGGCCUGCAGGGCAGAGACGAGUGUGUGUCUGCCCUGCUAAUGCAUGGUGCUGAUAUGAAUGCAAUUGACAUGGUCCAAGGGAGAGGCCUGAAGGAUUGGGUCAUCAGGACAGGAGGGUUUGAAACUUUGUGCAGAAUACGUCGUCUGCAGGCUCAUCCUGUCGCUGAGAAUUUCUGUGAAAGCUUCAUCCCCGAGUGGCCUGAGCUGAAGCCACUGGUGGACAAGGCCAUCGCCCCCAAAACAAGCAGUCAGAAACUGAGGCAGCGUCUAAAAGACAGCCUUACUUUCAGCUUCCCUCAGGACCCACAAGACAAUGGGGUCAUGGACUAUAUGGUGCGAAUGACCACAAGCAUCCACAGCCCCCUGAUAUCCACCGGCUGCCGUCCUCUCUGUCCCUCCAGCCCUCCAGAGAUUGGCAAGCGACGAUUUGCCAUGCCCGAACUGCUCGAAAAGUACAGCAUCAAGGAGCUGGAGGAGGGCACAGUAUCCCACAGCAACGGCUCCAUCACCUCAGCUACUCCUCCUCCUGUGUCAGCCAACUCCGUAUCUCUGACCUGCUGCCAGGACUCCAACCGCAGGGAGAGCCUGGCCUUCGUUCCCCGCAGCAUCUCACACAGGAACAGCGUCUUCCCCUCGGGCUGUAUUCCUAAGAUUGAAGUGACAAGAUCUAGCGAGCCCACACCAAAGAAAGAGAAAAAGAAUAAAAGAGAGAAGGGCUACCUGGAGCCUCCUGUCUGGAAAUACAAGGAAGCCAAGGUAGAGAAAAAGAGAGCGAAGAAGCAGGAAAAGCAAAACGAGCAAGAUAAAAAGACCAAGGGUUCCAAGCAUUCAUCAAGCCAAAAAUGA